AUGUUAGGAAGUAUACCAAUAAAGAAGCAAUCAACUAAUAUCAAUUACAAGCUUUGCCGCUCCAGUAACUUAGUGGAGUAUUACAUAGAGACUUCACAGUUACCACUCACGGGACACGACAGUACUUAUUAUUUAUACACUCUUAUAUUUAAUUCAAUAAAUCACCUUAUAAUACAAUGCUUAUAUGAUUUAUGA